GCGGUCGAAGGCUAGCACGUGGGGUCAGUCAGAAAACAGAGAGGUUACGAGAAAGACAUGUUCUGAUCAGGAGCGAUCGUGUACUCCGCUGCGGUCGACAAGGUUUCAUUCUGUCCUUUUGCUUCUUGUUGUCUUUUUUCCUCCAUCACACCACAGAAUCAUUGACUCUCGCUUCACAUUGCAUUGGGUUGGCAGAAAAAUUCGUUCGUUUUAUUUAUUUUCUUUUUAAAUCUUUCGAAUCUUAUUUGAAUUAACACGAAAAAAUAUUUUUACCGGAGUGUUUUUUGAUUUUUGUAUACUUUUAUUCUUUCUCUACAACUUUUGGUUUUCGUUCUUAAAUUUUAGAUAAAUUUUAUCCUUUUAAAUAUAAAAGAAAAACGAACGAAUUUAUCUGACAACUCAAUAAAAACACUGUAUUAGGUUGAUAAUGUUUACAAGGUAGAUAACAAAUUAUUAGUACAUUGUUUCGUUUCAACAUUUUGUUCGGCCGAUUCUUUCAGUAACUAAAGCUCAGUAAUGUGAGAUAUACAUUUAUUAAAUAUACACAGUUAAGUAUUUUAAUAAAUUUGAUCGUGUAAACAGCAACAUAGUUGCUUCUAAUAUUCAUGUUAAAAAAACACCGGUGUCGUUUCGUUUCGACUUUUAGAUCAACUGUUACGUGAGUGAAACCGCCUAUAAAUGAAUUUCAGAAGCAGAUUAUUUUUUUUCCUUAUAAUACUUAAGUAUUUUAAUAUUUCUGAUAUAAGAAACCAUUACAUUUAUCCAAUUAAUUAUUUCAAUAUUUCUGGCUUUCUAUACAUUUACUUAAUUUUAUUAUUUAUUCAUAUUAAACGAACACCAGUGACGAUUCGGUUCGACUUUUAGAUCAACCUAGGCGAAGCUGUAUUUUCAAUGAACUUCGCCGAGGCGCGUAUUUUCUUCUUUAUUCGACGAAUCUAAUUACUUUAAAACUUUUCACGCAAGAAACCAUUAACAAAGUUAAUUGAAUAUUCUGAUACAUCUAACCUACCAAAUAUCAACUUGUAAAUGAAGUUACAGUGAGUCUUCUGCAAUGGCAUGCUACCUCCGUUCAUUCAAUCUUUCUCGGUCAUUAAUAUUCAACUACAGACACCUGAAGAACUUCCACCGUGUCUGCUCGGUUGUCAGGUCCCGUUUAUUAUAUAAGCGUGACCAGAACUUCCAUACAGGCAUUAACUUUCGACAAGACGAUCCCAAAUCCAAACUGGCGCAUAUGUCCCCUAAAAUGCAGAUUAUCUACACAUGCCGUGUUUGUGGAACUCGCUCCUCCAAGACUUUUUCCAAGGUCUCUUACGACCGGGGUGUAGUGCUGGUGCGAUGUCCUGGCUGCCAGAACUUACACCUCAUAGCGGAUAACCUCAACUACUUCACUGAAACUGGUAAAACAAAUGUUGAGAAAAUUCUGGCUGAAAAAGGAGAAAAAGUGACCAAAAAUCAAAGUAAUGAUGGAACGGUAGAAAUUGCCCCCGAUUCUGUCUCAUCACUUUGAGGACUCCAUUUCUUUCACAGGCAUGAGAAAUAUAUUUGUUGUGACAUUCAUGCCUUUCCUUGCAGCAAUAUUAAUAACAUUCUCAUCAUCGUUUACGUCCGUUUUCCAUGCUGGCAUGGAUCGUCUGAAUUCAAAACACAAUGAUGGCUGUGACAUUAACGUUUUUGUUACCAUUAUUUCUGCUGAAAUAUACUGCUUUUGUUUCAAUUAAUUAUUGAAAAUGAUUCAGUAAAAAGAAUUUUGUCAUUAAUAUUAUUGAGUUGUGUUUGGAACAUAGAUUAACAUGAAAUUUUGAAGGAAGGCUUAAAUUUAGAUCCCUUUAAAACAAAGUUUUUGUAUCCUAGAACUAGAGGUAGUCUCUGACAGGUUGGUAUCAUCAUCAUUUAACGUCCGCUUUCCAUGCUGGCAUGGGUUGGACGGUUUGACUGAGGACUGGUGAGCCAGAAGGCUGCACCAGGCUCCAAUCUGAUCCGGCAAAGUUUCUACAGCUGGAUGCCCUUCCUAGGGUUAAUAGAUGAUUUACUCAUCUUAAUUCUCUACAUACCGUCCAACCCAUGCCAGCAUGGAAAGUGGACAUUAAACGAUGAUGAUGAUGAUGAGGGGAACAGGUGAUGGUUGGUGAUGGGAAAGGCGUCCAAUCAGAAAAAUUUGCCUCAAUAGACUCUGCUCAACCCAUGC